AUGGCUGAGGGUGCUUCAUUGUCCAUCUUCCAGACAGCUGACUUAUCAGCUAGGGCAACUUUCAACAAAAUAGCAGAGGCCAACCUUAAAGAAGAAAAGAAGAACAUCCAUCUGUGGAUAAGAAGCAGAUGUCGUUUUGAUGGGGCUGCGGGCAGUAAUAAUCCUGCUGUGUGUGGGGCUUGCUGUGGCAGCUAUCGCUGGAAAAGAAACGGGAUCGACCUUAACCUUAGCGGUAAUGAUGCUAGAGUUGUCCAGUUAGGAACGUUAGGAACGUUAGUUUUUAACAAACCAGAGCCCAACGAUGAGGGUAUAUUCCAGUGCUUUGCAGAUAAUGGCUAUGGUAUUGCUGCCUCUGUGCGUGUUAACUUUCGCGAGGCGAAACUGGCACGGUUUCAUAUUCAGGAGAGAAAGGUGAUUACAGUGGCGGCGGGUGAUUCAAUGACUCUGCAGUGCAAGCCCCCUCAGAGCUUACCACCCGCGGACAUAUACUGGGUGAUCAAAGGAAGUGACAACCGUAGGCAGGCCGUCACACUUGAUAAGAGAGUCGACAUUGACUUUGAAGCUACUGAAAAGAAGCAUGCCGCGGCUGAGCUAUGGACUUCUCCAAGCGACCAGGUCUUUAAAAAGGGAACCACUGUCCGGCUGCGUUGUAUUUUCUCCGGAAACCCAACACCAGAAGUGUACUGGAGUAAGAUCAAUGGCAGUUUCCCGGAUAGAAUGGCUAUCGCAGACUGGGGCAAGGAAUUACGCAUCUCUGAUGUUCAGAUGGAAGAUGCAGGGCAGUACCAGUGCAUGGGCCUCAACGUUUUGUCUUUGUCCAACCUUACCAAGGUUUUUGAUGUGAAUAUUGAAUCGGCACCCGAAUGGGAGAAGGAACCAGAGGACCAAGACAAAUCGGAAGGAGAGAUUGCAACUUUUAUUUGCAAAGCUAAAGGGGUGCCAGACCCUGUGUAUGAUUGGUUCAUCAACGGUGUCCCACUAUCAUAUUCCCCUAGUACUGAGAAUGUUUGGGAUCAUCCCAGAAUCUACAACAAUCCAAGGUUUCACAAAAUUGGCCACAACAACAUCGCAUUGAUAAACCUCACUCUUGCAGAUCACAUGAGCAUCCAAUGUAAUGCCAGCAACAAGCAUGGCUACGUCUUCUCUAAUGUCUACCUCAAUGUCAUAAACCAGGCACCUGAGAUUGAGCAGGAGCCGCCGGAUAGCAUAAAGGUUGCCGAGAGUCAGUCGGUGAUCAUCCCAUGCAUAGUCCGAGGCAAACCGGAUCCUCUGAUAGAAUGGUACCGCUACACGACGCUCAUCACUGGGGGCAGGUUCAAGAUCCUGCCAUCUGGAAGCUUAAAGAUUUCGAAUGUGACAGUGGCAGAUGCAGGUAAAUACCACUGCAAGGCCUCAAACAAGUUUGGCGUUGUGAAAUCAGCAAAAGUGUGUUCAGUGCAAGUUAAAAGAAAAACUCGCAUCGAGCAGUUUCCGGAAGACCUGGUUGUUAAAGCGGGAUUUGACGCAAAAUUCACUUGCUCAGGGUCCACAGAUUUCAACGAGGCGCGGAAUAUGGUCGUAACCUGGGAGAAGGACGAUAAACCUGUCGCUUCCACUGAAAACAGGAUGAAACAGAACUUCUGGGAUAAUUCGCUUACCAUUUCUGGCACCAUCGUUAGAGAUUCUGGGGUCUACACGUGCGUAAUCAGCAACGGUCUGGACACCGACAGAGCACACGCAUUCCUUACUGUGAAAGCUCGACCAAACCCACCAACCAGCGUGGAGAUCUAUCGCUGCCCAAACUGGGAUAACAAAGCUGAGCUUAGGUGGACCAAGGGCAUUGCAAACAAUGAACCUGUCACGUACUUCAUCAUUCAGUACAGCACGACCUUUAACCCCGACCGGUGGGUAUCAGCGGUAGCCGUGGACUACACGGAGAAUACUGCCACCAUUGACCUCUCUCCGUGGGUGAAUUACUCUUUCCGUGUCAUUGCACAUAACCAGAUCGGUUUGAGCGCUCCUAGUAAACAGACAUUGACCAUAUGUCGAACGAAUCCGACCGUUCCGUUCAAGAAUCCCGCCAACGUGAAAUCUAUUAGGAAUAGAAGGAAUAAGUUAAAGAUUGAGUGGAGUCCAAUGAAUCAAAUGGAGCACAACGGGGCUGGCUUCAAAUACUUGGUUUCAUAUCAGCGGCAGGGCGACCCUAUGAAGACCAUACUUCUAAAUGACUGGCGCAACAAUAGCGUCGAGGUCGACGCAACCGAACCAUAUUACCCAUACCAGGUGAAAAUACAGGCGAAAAAUAUCAUGGGCAACUCGUCGGCCAAAGUUGAUAACUUUACGCUUUAUUCCUAUGAAGAUGUGCCGUUAGGCAGGGUUUCGGGACUCGUUGUGUCAAACAUCAGCUCCACGAGCGCCACCAUCACAUUCUCCUGGGAUGAUCUUUGGCUUGAGAAAAAAGGCCAGACCGCUAGCGUUCGCGGGGAAUUCAAGGGCUUCAGGAUCCAGUAUUGGGUGGACGGUCAGCAAAAGAGAACCUUCCGGGAAGACGAUCUACCUGUGUCCCUGCUCUACCCCGUAGACUGGAAACCAGAUGGACAGACAACUCUUGUCAAAACAAACUACAAGAUGAAAAAUCUGCCCCCGUUCUCGACGGUCAAACUGCGCAUUUGCAUCGUGAAUACUGUCCUUCAUCGUUCCCGGACCUGUCCGUACAUGGAGAUUCAUAGGCUAGCAGCAGUGAUUCCUAUCACCCCUGAAGUGCUGCCCCCUGGAGAUUGA